GUGUCUCUUCUGUGCGACGAGAGGAACAGUCACGGUAGGGUAGGAGGCUAUGGACCCGUGGCUUUUUUUCUCCUCUCGUUGACGGAGCCAUUGUUCGGGAAACCGUGAAGCGCAAUUCUGGUCGUGUGUCCUUGUAUUUGAAUCACAAUCGGCCAUACGGCAAUGAAAAGAAAAGUAGUUAAUCAGAUCUAACGAACAAGCUGCCGACGCGACGGGGAUGCAUGGGCACAAUAGCGGAGAGCAGACGCACACUACAAUAAUAUUUUUUCAGGAGACGUUUUUAUUCUAGCCGGGACUUUCUAUUUCACCAAACGGAUAGAAAGCUCUGUUUCCUCAGGAUUCUGGAUCCAUUUUCACUGGAUAGUACCAACUUUUGUGAUGGGACUGUGUGUUGUAAACAUCGCAAAGAUUUUAGUGGCACCAGUAAGUCGAACAUAAUGAAAAUAGAUGCUAAUGGUUAGGAAAGAAAAUGCGCAAAAAUAUUUUUGCACUCAGCUUAUUUGCACAUUGUUGAUGAGUUUGUAAGUCAUUGUCUAUUUAUAUAUUUUUGGUGGCGAUUUUUUGCUGUCACUUGCUAUGCACGUCGUAAUUAAUUUGCCGUUAUCAAACUUAAGGUGAUCACAUGUCCUUUACAAACCCAGCGCGACUUGUUUAUAUUAAUUUGAACAGCGCUGGAUAAGAAUGCACCUUUUGGAUGGUAAUUAUAGUGACAGGAUGGAGCGGGGAACGCCACAGAGGAAAACUGUUUACCGGAUCUCUCUCACUUUAGUGAAAAAAGAAAGCUUGAAUGACGGAACAGGGAAUGGGGAUGGGGGCACAGCACACCGGCGCCUAGAAAACCCCAAAGUGGGGGCUUACCGGCGCGAGGGCUCCGUGGACGUCCAGAGGAGCUGUUUCCUGGAGGAGCUGAAAGAGGUGGAGGACGAAAACGAUGAUUUCAGCUCACACGGCCACAUGCGCAACUUCAGGACGUUCAGCACAGGGCAGUUGGAGAUUGGAAGGCUCAAAAUAUCUCGGAAAGCACAGCACUUGAACCAAGACCGCUCGCUGGAAAUAAAUGAAAAGGAAACAGGGACUUCAGCUGUGGCAGCAGCAGCAGCAGCAGGCAAACUCAAGCAGGGGGCCUCUGCAGAGGGAGAUGUCCACAGCAGAAAUGGACAGGAGGGGUAUGCAACACAGGAAAUGGUGGGAAUGGACAGACUUAAGGGAGACUUGCGCACCACCACAGAAACCAGCAAAGUAGAUGCAGCCAACGGAGGCACUGUGUCAACCAAGAAACAGGGAAACCUGAAAAUGUCUAAGAGCACAGAAGAGCAGUACUGCAUCGCAGCCCACGAGCCUCAGAGAGACGAGGAGCUGAAACCUUCCUCCUCCUCCUCAGGCAGCAAAUCCACAGACGAAGGAGGUAAAGGCAGCGCUAAAUCGUCCAAGCACCCUCCACACACCCCUCAGGCCAAACGGCACCCCAGCCUGCUGCGGCGCAGCUUCAGUUUCCGACACUGGACCGGAGGGGAGUUGCUGCGCCUCCGCGCGCUGUCCAAAGAGAAGCACCACAGCAGCUCUGGCUGCAUCGGCCGCGGCGAGGAUGCCAAAACGCCCUCUGCGGUGGUGCUCCAAAAUCCAGCCUUUCACGAGGACAUUGGACGUGACCUGGAGUUGGCCGAUAAGGACCAAACGUUGGAUAUGGACGACAUCCUCAGAAAGUCGGACCCCGCGGCGGGCCUGAGCCGACGGGAGCGUGCCAAGGGCAAGAACCGCACGCUCGAUAACAGUGACCUGCUGCGUCUGUCGGACCGUCCGCUGGGGGAGAAGGAGGGGUUCCUGCGUUCGGCGGGAGGGCACGGGGGCAGCCAGGAGCGCCGUCUCAUCCGCUUCUUCAGCGGGAUCUUCUCCAAGCGCGACUGCGGACUAGGGGCCACCACCUCCACGCCCGUCAGCAGUCCCAGCAACCGUGGACUCCGCAAGAAGAGGCCCGGCCUAGCAUUUUCCCAGUCCAGCAGCGAGAGUGUCAAUGGCUCCAAACACGAGGAUGCGUUUGUGAACAGCCAGGAAUGGACCCUGAGCCGCUCAGUCCCGGAACUCAAAGUGGGCAUCGUUGGCAAUCUGGCCAGUGGGAAGUCUGCCCUCGUGCACAGGUACCUGACGGGAACAUACGUACAGGAGGAGUCGCCAGAAGCCGACGUGGACGCAGGUGGCCGAUUUAAGAAGGAGAUAGUGGUGGAUGGUCAAAGCUACUUACUCCUCAUCAGAGAUGAAGGAGGCCCCCCUGAGGCACAGUUUGCUCUGUGGGUGGAUGCUGUUAUCUUUGUCUUCAGCCUGGAGGACGAGAUCAGCUUCCAGACGGUGUACCACUACUACAGCCGAAUGGCAAACUACCGGAACACCGCCGAGGUCCCUCUGGUCCUGGUCGGCACGCAAGACGCCAUCAGCUCGGCAAACCCCCGUGUGAUUGAGGACACGCGUGCACGGAAGCUCUCCAACGACCUGAAGCGAUGCACCUACUACGAGACCUGUGCUACCUACGGCCUGAACGUCGAGCGCGUCUUCCAGGACGUGGCUCAGAAAGUUGUAGCAACACGGAAGAAGCAGCAGCUGUCCAUCGGCCCCUGCAAGUCCCUCCCCAACUCCCCCAGCCACUCGUCCGUCUGCUCCCAGCCUGUGUCUGCUGUGCACAUCAACCAGACGAGCAACGGUGGCGGCAGUCUGAGCGACUACUCGUCGUCCGUGCCCUCCACCCCCAGCACCAGCCAGAAGGAGCUGCGCAUCGACGUCCCGACGAGCGCCAACACACCCACGCCCGUCCGCAAGCAGUCCAAACGCCGCUCCAACCUCUUCACUUCUCGGAAGGGGAGUGAGCCGGAUAAGGAGAAGAAAGGCCUGGAGAACCGGGCGGACAGCAUCGGGAGCGGACGCGCGAUCCCAAUUAAACAGGGCAUGCUCAUGAAGCGGAGCGGCAAGUCUCUAAAUAAGGAGUGGAAGAAGAAGUACGUGACUCUGUGUGACAAUGGAGUGCUCACCUACCACCCCAGCCUGCACGACUAUAUGCAGAACGUACACGGCAAGGAGAUUGAUCUGCUGCGGACCACUGUGAAGGUUCCGGGCAAGAGGCCCCCCAGAGCCGUGUCUACCUGUGCAGCCGUGCCCAGCCCCAAGACCAACGGCCUGACCAAAGACCUGAGUAAUAUGCAGCUCGGACCCGGCCAAGGCUCGGUAAGCAGCAGCUCGUCAGCGUCUCAGAUGGCCAGCGGCAUCAGUCUGGUGUCCUUUAACAGCCGACCGGACGGCAUGCACCAACGCUCUUACUCCGUCUCCAGUGCUGACCAGUGGAGCGAGGCCACGGUCAUCGCUAACUCCGGCAUCAGCACAGACACAGGACUCGGGGAUUCGGUGUGUUCCAGUCCCAGCAUCUCCAGCAGCACCAGCCCUAAGAUGGAUCCUCCGCCGUCGCCGCAUGCCAACCGCAAGAAGCACCGCAGGAAGAAGAGCACGAGCAACUUCAAGGCUGACGGCCUCUCUGGUACUGCUGAAGAGCAAGAAGAAAACUUUGAGUUUAUCAUCGUUUCGCUGACGGGGCAGACCUGGCACUUUGAGGCGACCUCUUAUGAAGAAAGGGACGCCUGGGUCCAGGCAGUGGAGAGCCAGAUCCUGGCCAGCCUGCAGUCCUGCGAAAGCAGCAAGAACAAGUCACGUCUAACCAGUCAGAGUGAAGCCAUCGCUCUGCAGUCAGUCAGGAAUCUGAGAGGAAACUCCCGCUGCGUGGACUGUGAAGCACAAAACCCUGACUGGGCUAGUCUGAACCUGGGUGCACUGAUAUGUAUUGAGUGUUCGGGUAUCCAUCGUAACCUGGGCACUCAUCUGUCGCGUGUGCGCUCGCUGGACCUGGACGAGUGGCCCCUGGAGUUGAUCAAGGUCAUGUCCUCCAUUGGCAACGAGUUGGCCAACAGCGUGUGGGAGGGCAACGCACAGGGCCGCCUCAAACCUGCCCCGGAUGCAAGCAGGGAGGAGCGUGAGCGCUGGAUCCGGGCGAAGUACGAGCAGAAGCUGUUUGUGGCGUCGCUGUCGUGCACAGAGCUGCCGCUGGGUCAGCAGCUGCUGCGGUCCAGUGCGGACGAGGACCUGCGCUCCGUCGUGCUGCUGCUGGCUCUCGGCUCACGGGACGAGGUCAACGAGACGUGCGGAGAGGGAGACGGACGCACCGCCCUCCACCUGGCCUGUCGCAAAGGCAACGUGGUCAUCACCCAGCUGCUCAUAUGGUACGGGGUGGACCUGAUGGCGCGGGAUGCCCAUGGGAACACAGCGUUGGCGUACGCGCGGCAGGCCAGCAGUCAGGAGUGCGUGGACAUCCUGCUCCAGUACGGCUGCCCGGACGAGCGCUACCCGCUCAUGGCCACGCCCAACCUGUCGCGCCGCAGCAACAACAACAACAACAACAACAGCCGCAACAACAGCUGCAGCAGCACGGGCAGCUCGGCCCUCAUCUGACCGCCGACGCCAACACACUGCCCCCAGCCUUCCCACCUGCCUCCUUAUCAUCCC